UUUCAACCAGAUGAGUGCAGACGAGGACCUUGCAGCUAUCAACUAUUUCUGUCGCAGGAAACUAUUCCAUCAUGCAUAUUCACUAUGUGAUGAUCGCCUCAAGAGGAAAGUUGGUGAUCCACUUCUUCUCUUCUGGCGGGCCGCUAGUACCGUGUUCGAAGGCCGCCCUACGGAAGCUCUUCGCGCCUUGGAAAGUGUGCAGGAUAAGCGCGAUUUCCUCCUAGCAGCGCCGAUUGCGAUGAUUCAUGCUCACGAGCGGUGUAAACUAGUUGACAGGGAAGCAAUUCAAGAGCUUGAGGCAAAAUUGACGAUUGCCAGUAACUCACCGUCUCUAACCGACCGCGCUCAUAUACAAGCGGCAAUGUUUCAAUGGCACUGCGGCUUCCUUGACCUGGCCAAAGAGAACGUCAAGAAAGCGCUCGAUAUGAAUUCCGGGUCUACUGAGGCUUUGACGCUCAUGGGAUGGAUCGACAUGGCAUCACCAAAAGAUUCCGUCGCCGCGAAAGCACAUACGUGGCUGGAUCGUGCUUUGGAGAAGAGACCUAAAGAUUUGGAGGCUCUCAUGGGUCGCCUGCAUUACCUCCGACGACAUCGUCGCCAAUUAACUCCCGCUCUAGAUAUCACAUCCCAAAUCAUUGUACACUAUCCUGGUUUCAUACCAGCUUACAUCGAGCGGGUGUAUGUAUUGCUGGAAAUGGGUGCUUGGGAACAAGUCAACGAAGCAUCACAGCGGUUGGCAGGGUUGAUGCCUGAUAGCAUAGAUGCGAUGAUUGCCCAGUGCCUCAAUCAGCUCUGCAGAGAAGGUGGAUAUGCAAUGGCUGCAUCUUACAUUGCCAAGCUCAAGCAGACUCUAGAUAGGCUGGAGCCUCACAAUGCGCAACUGUAUUAUACUACUGCUCAGCCCUUUAUUCGCCUGUCAAACCGCCUGGCAACGGUACUGGACGGAUGCACCAAGUUGCUGGAGAAAGCAAUAGUUAUCGAACCGGAAAAUAGCGCUUAUCGAACAGAGCUUGGUCAUGUUCACUUGCUGUUGGAGGAUUUACCGAGAGCAAGAGAAGCGUAUCAACAUGCUGCGUCCCUUGAUCCACAUUACGUUAAAGCUCUGGAAGGCUUGAUACGAUGUCAGCUCCUCAGUGGGCACUUUGACGCUGCUGAAGAGCAACUAGAGCUGUUCAAUGAAUUUCAGAUGGCAAUGGGGAAAUCUGCUGAAAUGACUUAUCUUUCUUCGGUUCUUGCGUGGUACAAGUACGGGGAUGCCCGAAAGCGCCUACAAUACCUCAAGGAAGCCGUUGAAAUCGAACUACAGUUGAUUAAUGCCAUGCCUCUCAGUCUAGAGUACUAUGUCCAGGUUAACCCGGACUUCCUCUUGGAGAUGGUGAAAGACUACAUGGAGCACUGUCCAUCCGAUCCCAAACGCGAAGGAGAAGACGUGCAUCCAAUCAUAAAGAUUGUCCUGGACCUGUUGGAGGUCGUUUGCAAAGUGAACCCAGGCUCAGUUGAAGCUGUAUAUCACUUGGCCAAGGCGAAAUUCCUAGCUGGGGACAAAGCUUCCGCGCAACUGGCCGCCGCAAGGUGCUUGAAGUUAGAUAAUACCUACCCGAAGGGCUAUGUCCUCAUGGGCCAGAUACAUUUAUAUGAUGGCCACGCAAAGCAAGCAAUUCAGUUCUUGGAAAUGGGAUUGAGCUAUAAUUUUCAAGUUCGGAAUAUCCCGCUUUUCCACAUAUUGAAGGCCCGCGUGCAGAUAACGGAAGGCAAUUAUGAUGAAGCACUUGCCACGUUGCAGACUGCCAUGAGUCUUCCCGGUAUGAAGGAGCCAAUGAGAGAAGGAAACCGGGUCCCGCGUAUGAAGCGGCCAGAUCACAUCCCUUCUAUACAUGAGCGCAUGACCUUAUACCUGGAGCUUGUCGAUGUGCACACGAAACUGAAGCAUGUCAAUGAAGCCGCAAAGGUUAUGCAGGAGGCUGUGCAGGUGUUUUCGGGCAUGCCUGAACAAGACCGGCUGGUAAUGGCAAAGGCUGAAUUGGCCCUCGCUAGGGGUGAAGUAGAUGCCGCCCUCAACCAACUUGCGACCAUCACCAUGGAUCAGCCAUAUUUCAUUGAGGCGAAGCGGCAAAUGGCUGAUAUUUACCUCAAGUACAAAAAUGACAAGAAAGCGUAUGCCCGCUGCUACAGCGAGCUUGUCGAAAGGAACCCGACAGUGGAGAGCUGUCUAUUACUGGGUGAUGCUUAUAUGAAUUUGCAAGAGCCCGAAAAGGCCAUCGCAAUUUACGAGUCGGCAAUGGAUUCUAGUCCAGAAGCAAGCGUUUUGGCGAGCAAAAUUGGCAAAGCUCUCGUUAGAACCCACAACUAUUCCCGCGCAAUAAGUUAUUACGAAUCCGCGCUUGCAAAUGAAUCUCCUAUCGGCUCUAUCCUGAGAUACGACCUCGCCCAGCUAUAUAAAAAACUGCAGAGAUACGAUGAUGCAGAAAAGAUACUCACGGAAGCCUUGGAACAUCCGCAAACUGAUGAAAUAUCCGACAUCGAGCUGGAUAUUUCCUGUCAGACGCUUCUUGCACAGGUGUACCGAUGCAUGCAAAACCCAAAGAAAGCAGUAAUGGCUUUACAGGAAGCACGCGAUUUGCAAAUGCGGGUUUUGGCCAAAGAAGCAAUGGCGGCAGAUACCCGACCACAGCGAACCAAAUUGGCAGAUAUCAAUUAUGAGAUUGCAGAGCUUUAUUCCCGAGACCUAAAGGAGGUGGAUAAUGCCCUGACUCACUAUAACGAGGCCAUUGAAAAUGAUGAAGGCCACGCAAAGUCUAUUUUGGCAGUCUGCCAGAUUUACCUUUCAAAAGGCGAGGUUGACUCUGCUCAACUACAAUGCUCUAACUUGCUUCGCCUCGAUACAACCAAUGAGGAGGCCACUAUGUUGAUGGCUGAGAUCAUGUAUCGCAGUAAUUCGCAUGCAGAAGCAAUCUUUCAUUUUCGAUCGCUUCUCGACCGCAUUCCGACACAUUACACUGCACUCGUUCGAUUGAUAGAGGUUCUGCGGAGAAGCGGAAAGUUGGACGAAAUACCCAAGUAUUUAAAACUGGCGGAGGAAAGUACGGUCAAGGUCAACUUGCAUCCUGGCUACCACUAUUGCAAAGGUCUGCAUUACAGAUAUUCAAAUAGCCCGCAUGAAGCGUUGAAGGAAUUCAACUUCUGUCGGCGGGAUACUGAAUGGGGGGAGCGAGCAUUGUAUCACAUGGUGGAGAUCUUUCUUAAUCCUGACAAUGAAACGACAGGGGGAGAGGCACUGGAGGGGGCUGCCGACACUUCAGCCAGCGGCGGUAAGAAAGGCGACUCCGAACUAUUAGCAAUCUUGACGGCAGACAAGUUGUUGAAGGAACUCCCUCAAAACCCAAAGUCGCUGCGAACGCAGGUUCUUGAAUGUCACGCACUCAUGGCAACAAAGCAGAAGGUUGAAAUUGAACGUGCACUGGCCAAAUUUGCAGAAAUACUCAAUACGGAGCGGGACUACGUGCCAGCGCUACUGGGUAUGGCGGUGGGCUACAUGCUGUUGAAGCAACCACCACGCGCAAGGAAUCAACUGAAACGAAUUGCUAAAAUGGAGUGGACAAGCGAGCUAGCUGAUGAUUUUGAACGCAGUUGGAUCCUGCUUGCCGACAUCUACAUUCAGGGUGGUAAAUACGAUCUAGCAACGGACCUUCUCAAGCGAUGUCUGUCACAGAAUCGCUCUUGCGCCAAAGCGUCGGAGUAUUUGGGAUUUAUUAUGGAGAAAGAAGCAUCGUUUAAAGACGCAGCAGAUCACUACGAAAUUGCCUGGCAGCUCGAUCGCGAAGCAAAUCCCGCUAUGGGAUAUAAAUUGGCCUUCAACUAUAUGAAGGCAAAAAAGCAUGUGGAGGCUAUUGAUGUUUGUCAUAAGGUGCUAAAAUUGUACCCGGAUUAUCCCAAGAUGAGAAAGGAGAUACUAGAUAAAGCGAGGGCAAGCUUAAGAUGCCCAUGAAAGAAUAUUGUAGUUCCCUGUAAUUAAGAGCAAAAGAGCACAUUAGAAGAAAUCAGCCCACCC